GCCAAGCACAUUCUUCGGUUGAACGCGCUGGACUUAUCGCAGGAAUAAAAUUAAGACAGUUAGAGGUCGAUGAAAAAUACAAGCUGCGCGGCGAUACAUUAGCCGAAGCAAUAAGAAAGGAUAAAGAAGAAGGACUCAUACCGUUUUACGCUGUCGCUGCUUUGGGUACCACUGGUAGUUGCGCCUUUGAUCCUCUCGAUGAAAUUGGCAUAGUAGCGAAACGUGAAGACAUGUGGUUGCAUGUGGAUGCUGCCUAUGCAGGAUCUGCUUUUAUUUGUCCGGAAUUCAGAUAUUUAAUGAAAGGCAUCGAAAUGGUGGAUUCUUUCAAUUUUAGCCCUCAUAAAUGGAUGUUAACUAAUUAUGACUGCUCCGUCCUGUGGCUUCAGGAUCCGACAUAUUUCCAAAACGCAUUCAAUGUUGAUCCUGAGUUUCUGAAGCACGAGAUGCAGGGCUUGGUGACAGAUUACAGGCAUUGGCAGAUUCCACUUGGGCGUAGAUUCAGAUCUCUGAAACUUUGGUUCGUAUUGAGGCUUUACGGGGUCGGGAAUCUUCAAAAGUACAUUAGAUCGCACGUCGCUCAAGCACACGAGUUCGAAGCAUUAGUUCUUUCCGAUCCUCGAUUCGAAAUCAUAGGCGAAGUUGUCAUGGGAUUGGUUUGUUUCCGAUUGAAGGGAUCCAACGAACUCAAUAAAGCAUUUAUAAAGAAAAUCAAUGGUGCAGGAAACAUCUAUCUUAUUCCAGCGAAAGUGAAGUACACGUACUUCUUGCGAUUCGCCGUCUGUUCUCGAUUCAGCGUGAUGAAGGAUAUACAGUAUUCAUGGAAAGAGAUCGAACUGAGAGCAAAUGAAGUUCUUGAAGAGCAAUCUAUUUUGAAGUAAUGGCGCGCUCAGAUAGCUCGCGGUUGCGGAUCGUCUGCGCGUGCCAUUUGCAAUCAAUUAUAGUUUUGAGAAUUUUCGAGGGGAUACCGCUAAGGGCAUUGUGGUGUACGGAUUCCCGGCAUUACUGGGCAUAACUAGGCAUUUUUGGGCAAUAGAUUGGGCAUUAAGGCUUCGUAGGG